GUCAAGUGUCAACUUUUGAAUGGUGAAUUGUAUUGAUUAGUGAAUUGAUUAUUUGUUUAUAAUGUUUUUAAAAUUCGAUUAAACUAUAUUGAUUGUAUUCAAAUAAAACUUAGAUCCAUUUUCUUAAAAUGGCACGGUCUUUGAGGAAAGUUUUAUCUAUGUUUACAUUUGUGUUUUCCUUUUAUCUAACUGUGGCUGUAGAGAUUCCAGAACAGUUUCAAAAGUCAAACCACACAAAUAACUGGGCAGUUUUGGUGGAUACAUCUAGGUUUUGGUUCAACUAUCGCCAUGUAGCCAAUGUGUUAUCAAUAUACCGAAGUGUGAAGCGGUUAGGAAUUCCUGAUAGCCAGAUAAUACUGAUGAUAUCUGACGAUAUGGCCUGUAAUCCUAGGAAUCCGCGGCCGGCAACGAUUUUUAAUAAUGCGAUGGAACAAAUUAAUGUUUAUGGUGAUGAUGUUGAAGUGGACUAUAGAGGCUAUGAGGUUUCAGUGGAAAAUUUUGUCCGACUCCUAACUGGAAGAGUGCCACCAGACACACCAAGGUCCAAGCGUCUCCUCACUGAUGAAGGCAGCAAUAUACUCAUAUACCUCACAGGACAUGGUGGAGAUGGGUUCCUCAAGUUUCAAGACUCUGAGGAAAUAACAAGCCAGGAGCUUGCUGACGCUCUUGAGCAAAUGUGGCAGAAAAGAAGAUAUAAUGAGAUUUUCUUCAUAAUUGACACAUGCCAGGCCUCUUCAAUGUAUGAGAAGUUCUAUUCACCAAACAUCCUAGCGACAGCCAGUAGUUUAGUUGGUGAAGACUCACUUUCGCACCAUGUCGAUUCUGCGAUAGGAGUGUAUAUUAUUGAUAGAUACACAUAUUAUGUACUGGAGUUUCUGGAAAAUGUUCAUCCCAACAGUAAGAAGACCAUGGCAGAAUUUCUCGAAGUGUGCCCAAAAAGCGCUUGUCUAUCAACAGUCGGCGUUCGCAGAGAUCUGUUUAAACGAGACCCUAGUAAAGUGCCCAUAACAGAUUUCUUUGGCUCCGUUAGACCCGUUAUCAUAACGACAGAUCCUAUUGACAUUCAAGAGAUACCUAAGAGAAAGAAAAAUGUUUCAUUAAACAAAACCAAAGUACAAGAAAAAUGGGAAUACCUACCACAGUUCCCUGUGCAUCUAGUCAAGACUACGGUAUAAGUUAUAAGUUAAUUAUAUUACAAUAAUUAAAAUUAAAUUAAAGGUUAGUGUAUUUUGUA